AUGGGUAAUCGAGAAUCAAAUAGCUCACUCGCUUCAUCAAAACGAUUAGUAGCGAAGCGAAGUCAGUCUCCAUCACCAGGUAAGAUUAAUAACAUCAUGCGCACUAGAAGUGGAUCAAUUGCACAUACAAGCAGUUCUCGAAAACUUUCAAGUUUUCGUAAAGACGAUAUUUCCGACUCACCACCAUUGGUUGUAAUCAACAGAAAUCAAAGCAAAUCUUUUCGAUCGACAUCAACUGCUAAUACACGAUAUCCCAAUGUUAACACUGAUGAUCAUCGAAAAUCAGAUAUUUGCGCUACUACUGGUUUGAGCUGUCAACAAAAAGCUGUUCUUGCAUCGAUGUGGCGCCAGUUGCCCAGAAGCCUCGUAUUUAAUCUCGGAAAACGCGUGUUCGAAACAAUUUUUGAAAGAGAUCCAAAUCUGAUUAUAGUUAUUGGUCUUGAUAUUCGUAAAGAUUCAACAAAUUGGCGAGAACAUGUAAAUUUUCGAAUGCAUGCACAAGUAUGUUAA